CGGCGGCGCAUGCGCGGAGCGGCGCGGUUUGGCUCCUGCCGGCGCUGGUAGCGGCCGCCGCUCCGGCCCCCCCCGCUUCCUGCCAGGGGCCCGCAUAUCCUGUAAAAAAACCAACCACCUUUGAACCACCAACAUCUGACAGUGAGAAUGCACCAUGGCAAUGGUCCUCAGAAUGCCCAGCGCCAGCUCCAGAGGUCCAGGUCCUUCACGGGCAGUGAGGGAGAAGAGCAACAGGCAAACUUACCCCAGUCCCCUGCAGCUUCUUUUGCGCCUUCUGCAAGUCCGUCUGCACCCCAAUCCCCCAGUUACCAAAUUCAGCAGUUUAUAAUGAGUAGGAGUCCGGUAGCUGGUCAGAAUGUGAACAUCACGCUGCAAAACGUCGGACCAGUGGCUUCAGGAAACCAGCAGAUAACGCUUACCCCACUGCCAAUUCCAAACCCGACGUCGCCGAGUUUUCAGUUCAGCCCGCAGCAGAGGCGGUUUGAGCAUGGGUCCCCGUCGUAUAUUCAAGUUACGUCCCCGCUGCCGCAGCAGGUUCAGUCUCAGAGCCCCACGCAGCCCAGCCCUGUGCCCGUGCAGACGCUACCAAACGUCCGGGCUGGCACGCCAGGCCCCGGCUUGGGUAUGUGCAGCCAGAGCCCUACCAGAGGCUUUGUGGAUGCUAGCGUGCUCGUGAGACAAAUCAGCUUGAGCCCUUCAAAUGGCGGACACUUUGUGUAUCAAGAAGGGCCGGGAAUUGCACAGAUUGCUCAAGGAGCUGCGGCUCAAGUACAACUUCCAUCUUCUGGGACGCCCGCGACGGUAAGGGAGCGCAGGCUUUCCCAACCUCACUCGCAGUCUGGCGGCACCAUUCAUCACCUUGGUCCUCAAAGUCCUGUAGCGAGCGGAGCGAAUAUCCAGUCUUUGACUAGCCCGGGCCACAUUACGACAACGAGCUUGCCACCCCAAAUCAGCAAUAUUAUCCAAGGGCAGCUUAUGCAACAGCAGCAGCAAGUGCUUCAAGGACAGCAGCUGAGCAGACCCAUUGGGUAUGACAGGACUUCUGGGGGUUUAAUAGCAGGAGUUGGAGGACCGAGUGCAUUUGGAAUGACGUCGCCACCUCCUCCCACAAGUCCUUCCCGCGCCACGGUACCGCAGGGGCUGUCAAGUCUUCCUCUUGCUCCUGCAGUUAAUGCGGCCGUGAAAAAACAACCCAAAAAACUGGAGGAGAUACCUCCUGCCAACCAAGAGACUGCUCAAAUGAGAAAGCAGUGCUUGGACCAUCACCACAAGCAAAUGGAAAUUCUUAAGGAAACUUUUAAGGAAUGUUUGAUUGAACUGUUUUUUCUGCAACAUCUUCAAGGGAAUAUGAUGGACUUUUUAGCCUUUAAGAAGAAGCACUGUGUUCCCCUGCAAGCGUACCUGAGGCAAAAUGACUUGGAUCUGGAGGAGGAAGAAGAGGAAGAACAAUCUGAGGUCAUCAACGAUGAGGUAAAGGUUGUGACAGGAAAGGAUGGGCAGACUGGUACUCCUGUCGCUAUAGCAACCCAGCUUCCUCCAAAUGUUUCUGCUGCUUUUUCAUCCCAGCAGCAACCAUUUCAGCAAACGCAUACAGGGACUCCAGUUACGGGGACUGUGAACACCAUAGACAUUGAAGCUUUUAAUAGACAGCAGGCACUUGCACCAGCAGAUUCGUCUAAGAGACCACGAAUUGAAGUGGGCCGUCAUGGGAUGGUUUUUCAGCAUCCGGGUGUGGCUUCCGGAGUUCCUCUUCAACAGCUAAUGCCAACGGCACAAGGUGGAAUGCCUCCCACUCCUCAAACCGUACAGCUGACUGGACAGAAACAGAGUCAACAACAGUACGACCCAUCGAAAGGCCCUCCUGUGCAGAACGCAGCAAGUCUGCAUACACCGCCGCCGCAGCUCCCGGGGAGGCUGCAACCUGUGAAUGUCCCCAUGGCGUCUCUCCCAGCUGCACUGCAGAUUUCGCAGCAGCAACCACAGAUAGUGGAAUCUCCAACUCAGCCCCAGAUUCAGGUGAAGAUCCAGCCCCAAAGCGUACCCCUGACUUCUGCUCCACUUCCAGCACCGCUUCAACAGCAGGUGCCACCAGCAAUCCACGUACAAGGACAGACACCAAACCAAGUGUCACAGCCACAAGCUACAAUACAACAACAGACUGUGACUCUGACACGACCAUCUGCAGAUCCUGCUCAGACUUCUCAGCGUCUUACGGCAAAUACACUACCGCCUACCUCAUCUGUUGCGCCAGCAACUAUCUCAGGCACAACACCGCCUUCUACAUACCCAGUACAAACAAACAGGACAUCUCCAGCAACUAACAAGUCCCUGUCUCCUAUUGCAUCAAAACCCCCAGGCUUAGCAGUAACAGCAGCUCCUAAAACACAAAGUCCAGCUCAGAAUGCAGCAGCAUUACCACAGGACAACUCUCAAGACAAGCUCGCUGAGCAAGUAAAGCUGGAAAAUCAAAUCCAUCAGCGGAUAGCAGAACUGAGGAAGGAAGGUUUAUGGUCCCUGAGGCGACUGCCCAAACUCCAAGAAGCUCCAAGACCCAAAUCUCACUGGGAUUAUUUGCUGGAAGAAAUGCAGUGGAUGGCAACCGAUUUUGCCCAAGAGAGAAAAUGGAAAAUGGCAACUGCUAAGAAGAUGGUAAGAACUGUGGCCCGUUACCAUGAAGAGAAGAAACUUAAUGAAGAGCGAGCUAAAAGGGAGGAACAAAACAAACUGAGGCGAAUUGCUGCAUCAAUUGCUAGAGAAAUAGAAUACUUCUGGUCUAACAUUGAGCAGGUCGUUGAAAUAAAACUGCAAAUUGAAUUUCAAGAGAAAAGAAAAAAAGCUUUGAAUUUAAAGAAAAUUUCAAGGAAAGGUAAGGAUGCUAAGCCUUCAGAAGAGCUUUUAUUGGAAAAAGAAAGUGAAAUGGGUUCUUCAUCUGGAAGGAAAAGAAAGGCAAGCACAUCUUUGACUGAUGAGGAAGUUGAAGAUGAAGAAGAAACAAUUGAAGAACAAGAAGCUAAAGAAGGAAAUAUAAACCAUCAAGCUGAAUUGUCUAAUCUAGCCAAAGAAGCUGAAUUGCCUCUGGAUGAUUUACUAAAGAUGUAUGAAGGUGCCUUUUCUGAAAAUUUUCACUGGCCCCAGCCUAAACCUGACAGCGAAGAGGAUAGCAGUGAGGAAGAAAUGGAUGACCAUAUGUCUGAUAGGGAAAGUCCUCAGAAAGAAGUUGUCCUCAUAGACUCUCUCCUCAGCAUUGACCAGUACAAAAGUAUAGACAGAUCAAGUCCUCCGAAGAAGCACAUGCGAGACAUAUCAGAAGUUGCUGCUGCAGCAGAAAUGCUGUUACCUAAAGGCAGCUCUAGGAUAACAACAACGGUAAAAUACAAUACUCCGUCCCUGUUGUAUGGGCCUCUCAGAGAAUAUCAAAAGAUUGGGCUGGAUUGGUUAGCAAAGUUGUACAGGAAAAACCUCAAUGGCAUUCUGGCAGAUGAAGCUGGGCUUGGCAAAACAGUGCAAAUUAUUGCCUUUUUUGCACAUUUGGCCUGUAAUGAAGGUAACUGGGGCCCUCACCUUGUUGUUGUACGGAGCUGUAACAUACUGAAAUGGGAGCUGGAAUUGAAACGCUGGUGCCCAGGGUUGAAAAUUCUUCUCUAUUUUGGCAGCCAAAGAGAACUUAGAGCAAAGAGACAGGAAUGGUCAGAACCCAACAGCUUUAAUGUGUGUAUCACCUCCUACAAGCAAUUGUUCAAAGGCCACCCGGCAUUUAUGAAAAUGAGAUGGAAAUAUUUAAUAGUAGAUGAGAUGCAACAAAUUAAGAACAUGACUGAGAAACACUGGGAAGCACUUUUCAGUCUCCGCAGCCAACAUCGUUUACUUCUGAUAGAUACUCCUUUGCAUAACACAUUAAUGGAGUUGUGGACCAUGGUACACUUCUUGAUUCCGGGAAUUUCCAGGCCUUAUCUAGAUUUUCCAGUAAAAGCAGCUAAUGAAGAGAACCAGGAUUAUUGCCAUAAACUGGUCAUCAGGUUACACAGAAUGAUUCAGCCAUUUAUCUUGCGAAGAUCAAAGAGGGAUGUUGAAAAGCAGCUAACAAAGAAAUACGAACAUGUGCUAAAGUGUCGUCUUUCUAGUCGACAAAAAGCUAUGUAUGAAGAUGUCAUAUUACAACCAGGAACCCAAGAAGCCCUCAAAAGUGGGCACUUCAUCAGUGUCCUGCAUGUCCUGAUGCAGCUGCAAAGGAUCUGUAAUCACCCUGAUCUGAUAAACCCCCGGCUUUCAAGUACCUCUUAUGUAUCAGAAACACUGGAAUACAGAACUGCAUCUCUUGUACUGAGUGCCCUAGAAAGGGAUAUUUGGAAGGAGUCAGACUUGUCUCUCUUUGAUCUCAUUGGAAUGGAAAACAAAAUGACUCAUUAUGAAGCACAAUUGUUGCCAAAACAAAAGGUUACUAGAAAAUUAAUUGAAGAAAUCUACAGCUCCCCUCCACCACCAGCUAGGCCUAACCCAGUGAAGCUCAAACCAAGCAGGUUGUUUCAACCGGUUCAGUAUGGUCAGAAACCAGAGGGCAGGACUGUAGUUUUUCCAAGCACUCAGGUACAACGCACGGUGACCACAGCAACAGUAACUCAACAGGGACAAGUACGGGGAAGGUCACCCAUAGCUACGGUGUCCUCAAAUCAAGCCGCAGCAGCACAGUUUCAGACAACUCAGGCUUCCACCAGUGCUCCAAGACACCAGCCCGCAGCGACCUUCACCACAGCAACUAGCACAGCCCAUCCUGUGAAACAGCGGGGCCAGACCACAGCACAGGCCUCCCAGCUGGGCCAGGCCCAGCCACAGCCCCCCCCGCACACCAUCCAACAGAGUGUGCUGCCUCAGAGGCUGGUACUCACCUCCCAGGCCCAGGCACGGUUGCCUAGCGGUGAGGUAGUAAAAAUAGCCCAGCUGGCUUCUAUAGCAGGAGCACAAGGCAGAAUUGCUCAGCCAGAGACCCCUGUAACACUGCAGUUCCAAGGGAACAAGUUUACUUUAUCACACAGUCAACUUCGCCAGCUCACUGCAGGGCAGCCUUUGCAGUUACAAGGAAGCGUUCUCCAAAUUGUUUCAGCACCAGGACAGCAGUAUUUGAGACCUCAGGGUCCAGUUGUCAUGCAGACAGUUUCCCAAGCUGGAACUGUUCAGAAUGCUCUGAAUGCUUUAGGAAACCAGCAUCAAGCAGGUGUGCCAACUUCCACGGCAGUCACACAGCAAGGUAGAACUGCAGUUACUAAUUUGUCAUCUGGUGAUAUGGGAGCAGUGUUAAAACCAGCACCUACACAUGGACAAUCACAGGAAACAUAUGAAGAAAAGAACCGACUUUUAAAGGAACGUCUGGACAGAAUAUUUUCUGGCAAUGAGCGCCGUUGUUCAAGGGCUCCAGUGUAUGGCAGAGACUUGUUGGGUAUUUGUUCUUUGACUGGUGAACAAAAGCCCUCUCAGCUGUCUUCCUGUGAGGACAACAGUUGGAGGUGGGCUGGCUUUGUGAACUGUUGCCUUUCUUCAAGUGCCUCCAGAGGCCCAAGUGAUCCGUUGCAAGAAAUGAUCCAGACUUUGGUUCAGCAACAAGAAUCUCUAAGGGAUGUUGUUAACAGGGCUCUCUUCGUAUUGCCAGCUGCAGUUGCUGCUCCCCCGUGUUUGUAUGUAGCAAAUCCUCCCCCUUCAUAUAGCCACAGAUUGAAAGUCCUUAAACACAGUCUUAAGCAGAAGGCAGCUCCACACUUGCGUCAGUUGCAACGGAUUACAUCUCCACACUUGCUGCAGUUUCCUGACCUCCGGCUGGUGCAGUAUGACUCAGGAAAAUUAGAAGCUCUUGCUGUCUUGCUUCAGAAAUUGAAAUCUGAAGGGCGCCGUGUGCUGAUUUUGUCACAGAUGAUUCUGAUGUUGGACAUACUGGAAUUGUUCUUGAAUUUCCAUUUCCUCACGUUUGUGAGGAUUGAUGAAUAUGCUAACUAUGAACAGCGGCAGGAGCUGAUGAAAAGUUUCAACAGGGACAAGCGCAUUUUCUGUGCCAUCCUUUCUUCUCACAGUCGCUCCACUGGAGUCAAUCUUGUUGAGGCAGACACUGUUGUGUUCUAUGACAAUGAUCUAAAUCCAGUGAUGGAUGCAAAGGCACAGGAAUGGUGUGACAGAAUUGGGAGGUGUAAAGAUAUCCACAUAUACAGGCUUGUCAGUGGUAAUUCUGUAGAAGAGAAGCUUUUGAAAAAUGGCACAAAGGACUUGAUCAGAGAAGUAGCUGCUCAGGGAAAUGACUAUUCAAUGGCCUUUUUAACACAGCAAACCAUUCAGGAGUUGUUUGAGGUUCAUUCUCCUAUGGAGGAUUCUGGAUUUAGAGUGAAAGCAGAAGAGUUUGUAGUACUUUCUCAGGAGCCUUCUCCAGCAGAAACCAUUUCACCUAAAGUUGCACGACCAUUCAUAGAGGCCCUCAACAGUAUUGAGCAUGAAGAUGAAGAGUCAAAUGAUUACAUACAAGAAAUAAGAUCUGAGUCACACAUUGAACCUUUAAUCUCAGAGCUCUGCGGGACAAAAUACAACGAAGAGCCCUCACCGUUGCAGGAAUUAGUCGCUGUUGUGGAUCAGUUGACUCCAAUUGAGAAGUACGCUUUGAAUUAUUUAGAGCUCUUCCACGUUUCAGGUGAUGAGACUGAGCCUCGGUUGAAUGAGGUGGAAUUGAAAACUGUAAAGAAAGCAUGGGAAGUCCAGCAUAUGAAGGAGUUAAAGGAAAAAGAGCAAAAAAUGCUCUGGGAGGAUGAAGAAGAACUUCUCACCUACACUCGAGAGGAUGCAUACAACAAAGAGUAUGUCUAUGAAGGUCCAGAUGGACAAACUGAAAUUAUGCCACUUUGGACUCCCCCCACUCCACCUCAGGAUGACAAUGAUAUCUAUAUUGAUUCAGUUAUGUGCCUGAUGUAUGAUACCACCCCUAUUCCAGAAUCAAAGUUGCCUCCAGUGUAUGUCAGGAAGGAACGUAAACGACACAAAACAGAUCCUUCUGCUGCAGGUAGGAAGAAAAAGCAACGUCAUGGAGAGACAGUUAUUCCUCCUCGUUCACUUUUUGAUCGAGCAACUCCAGGAAUGUUGAAAAUGCGACGAGAAGGCAAGGACCAGAAGAAAAAUAUCUUGUUGAAGCAACAAACACAGUUUGCAAAGCCUUUGCCAACACUUGUCAAACCUGCUGCUGAAGCUGGACAGGAUAAUCCUGAGUGGUUGAUCAGUGAAGACUGGGCACUUCUGCAGGCAGUGAAGCAGCUGCUGGAGCUUCCUUUAAAUCUUGCUGUUGUAUCGCCAGCACACACUCCCAAUUGGGACCUUGUUAGUGAUGUUGUUAACUCAUGCAGCAGAGUCUAUCGCUCACCAAAACAAUGCCGAAACAGAUAUGAAAAUGUCAUUAUUCCAAGGGAAGAAGGAAAGACUAAAAACAGUCGCCCACUUCGUACCAAUCAGAUCUAUGCUCAGGAUGAAGGUGCCACCCACACACAGCUUUAUACUAAUCAUUUUGAGAUGAUGAAAAUGAUUGCAGGGAAAAGAAGUCCACCUAUCAAACCUCUACUUGGCAUGAAUCCUUUCCAGAAGAAUCCAAAGCAUGCAUCUGUUCUUGCAGAAAGUGGAAUUAACUAUGAUAAGCCACUUCCUCCAAUUCAAGUUGCAUCCCUCCGAGCAGAGCGUAUUGCAAAAGAGAAAAAGGCUUUGGCUGAACAGCAGAGGGCACAGCAACAGACAGGUCCGCAGCCUCAGCAGCAGCAAGCCGGCCAGCAGCAAGCUCAGCAACCAGCUGUACAGCAAGCACAAGCCCAACCACAGCCGCAGGCUCAGGCACAGGUAGUUCAGCAGCCACAGGCAGUAGUACAGACUGCAGUAACUACUGUGGCCAACACAGCAGUAUUGGCAGGCACAAUCAAAACAGCAGUUACAGGGACAAGUAUACAGACUGCUACAGUGAGUGGAAAUGUCAUAGUGAAUACUGUUGCUGGAGUCCCUGCUGCUACCUUUCAGCCCAUCAAUAAACGUCUGGCUUCACCAGUUAUACCCGGAACAUUGACUACUUCGGGAGGCACUGCAACUGCACAAGUGGUACAUACCCAGCAGCGGACGGCGGCUGCACCUGCUGCAUCCACGGAACUGGUGACCAUUGCAUCUACGCAGGGGGUUCGUGCAGUAACAUCGGUGACAGCAUCAGCAGUGGUAACUACAAACUUAACACCUGUGCAGACCCAGACAAGAUCUUUGGUGACUCAGGUUACACCAGCUACACCAACAGUUCAGCUCUCCGGUAAAACCAUCACCCCUGCUCACUUCCAGCUUCUGAGACAGCAGCAGCAGCAGGCUGCUCAAGUGCAGGUCCCACAGAUUCAGGCUCAGGCACAAGCCCAGUCUCCAGCUCAAAUAAAAACUGUUGGGAAAUUGUCACAGGAACAGCUGAUCAAGUUGCAGAAACAGAAACUGCAGCUUCCUCAGCAGCAGACAGCGCAGCAGACGCAGCAAGGAGCGCAACAGCAAACAGCACAAGUACAAGUGCAACAGCAACAGCAAACUCAACAACUCACUGCUGUUACAGCACCUCGUCCUGGUGCAGUUCUCACAGGCACUACUGUGACAAACCUGCAAGUUGCUCGUCUUACUCGUGUUCCUGCUUCCCAGCUUCAAGCACAAGGACAGAUCCAGGCCCAAACUCCACAAGCAGCACAGGUUGCUUUGGCAAAACCUCCAGUGGUAUCCGUUCCAGCUGCUGUUGUGUCAUCUGCAGGAGUCACUACACUCCCUGUUACUGUUGCAGGCAUUAGUGUUGCUAUUGGGCAGCCACAGAAAGCAGCAGGAGGCCAGACAGUAGUUGCACAGCCACUGCAUGUCCAGCAGCUUCUAAAACUCAAGCAUCAUCAAGCAGCACAGCAACAGAAAGCUAUCCAGCCUCAGGUUGCACAGGGCCAAGCUACUGUGCAGCAAAAGAUAAAUGCUCAACAGGUUACAGUCCAAACCCAACAGCAGACAUCACAGCAACAAAAAGUAACCUAUACUACACAGCCCGCCAUUAAAACACAGUUCUUAACAACGCCAAUUUCCCAAACCCAGAAGCCAGGCGGAACCCAGCAAGUGCAGGCCCAGAUUCAGGUACAGGUUGCAAAACUUCCUCAAGUGGUCCAGCAACAGGCUACUGUUGCCAACAUUCAACAGAUGGUUUCGGUUUCUCAACAGGCGGCGGCGGCGGAGGAGGAGGAGGAGGAGGAGAAGGUCCUCGGAGCCCUCAGGGCCUGCGGUCGGCUCUUCGGGGCGCUGCUGGAGCGGGGGGAGCUCUUCGUGGGCCGCCUGCCCGCCGAGGAGGCCGCGCUGGCAGGUGGCGGCAGCGCCGAGGAGAAGUACAAGGUGUGGAUGCGGCACCGCUACAACGACUGCGUGGGCUGGCUGGCCGAGCUGAUGGGCCACGGCUCCUUCCAGGUCAAGGAAUUGUCGCUCUGCACUCUGAUGAAGUUUGUUGAGUUGGAGGCAGAAUAUCCUUUGGUCAAAGUGGAGUGGAAGGGGAGUUUCACGUUUCCUCGUGAACUUUUAAAGGUGGUUGUUGAUGGCUUAAUUCCCUUAAACGAGGAUGCAUCGCUCCUGAUCUCUCGCUUCCAAGAGUACAUGGAGUACGACGACAUUCGGUACUUUGUCAUGAAGGCUGUCACCGAGAGUAUUGGGCAAGUCAUGCAGAAGACGAAAGAGAGGCCUCUGCCAUUUUACCAGCAGAACAUAUUUUCCCUCAUUUCACCCAUUAACAUGCCAAACAAAGAGCGUGACUUGGUCAAAUUUAUGGUGAAACAAGGUAACCGAGAGGAAUGGAAAGUUUCGAAGCUGCAGGCACACAAGCAGGCGUUUGAAAGAAUGUGGCUCAGUUUCCUGAAGCACAAACUACCCACUGGCCUUUACAAAAAAGUUCUUGUCAUUUUGCAUGAUUCCAUCCUUCCUUAUAUGAACGAACCCACUCUCAUGAUAGACUUCUUGACGGUGGCCUAUGGCAUAGGUGGAGCGAUUAGUCUUCUGGCUUUAAAUGGAUUAUUUAUUCUGAUUCAUCAGCAUAAUCUAGAAUACCCUGACUUUUACAAAAAGCUGUACAGUCUUUUAGACCCUUCUAUAUAUCACGUGAAGUACCGAGCCCGCUUUUUCCAUUUGCUUGAUCUGUUUUUGUCUUCAUCCCACCUGCCGGCGUACCUGGUAGCAGCCUUUAUAAAGCGCCUCUCCCGGCUGGCCCUCACGGCUCCCCCCGAGGCUCUGCUCAUGGUCAUUCCCUUCAUCUGUAAUCUCUUUCGGAGGCACCCUGCGUGCAAAGUGCUAGUGCACAGACCUAAUGGGCCGGCAGAUUUGUCAGAAGAUCCAUAUAUUAUGGAACAGGAGGAACCAUCUGAGAGCAAGGCUUUGGAGAGCUCUCUCUGGGAGCUUCAGGCUCUACAAAACCAUUAUCACCCAGAUGUGGCCCAGGCAGCUGCUACCCUGAACCAGUCGCUGUCUGAAAUAGAGGAUGACAUAUCAGGGCUCUUGGAGCUCUCAGCUUCUGAGCUUUUUGAUAAAGAAGUAAAGAAAUCAGCUGCUACUGUGCCUCUGGAGUUUGAGCAAGUACGAGGUUUGUUUGGGAAGAAAAAUGAUAUUUUUGCCGAGCACUUCAGUUUAGAUUGACGUGAUCUCUUAUCGUAUUUAUAUGCGUCAACUGACUGAUCUUAGGGACAUGCAGAAAGCUCACCUGCUGGGCUGGACACUUCUGACUUUGAAAUAUCUCAAAGUGGUGAAAGCUGGACUGCCUGAGAAAGGUGCGGUCUUCUUCAGUGACCUUUGCCAUUAUCCAUGGAUGGACUUUCCUUUGUUUCUCAUUUCUCAAGCUUACAUACUGCUGCCUGAUAUCUGGGAGGGAUUUUCCCUCGGAGCAAAGUUUUCUGGACUUGUUCAUUGUUGGAACUGAAGCCCUUUUCUACAGAGAUGCUGGUACUGGCUGUGAUCAGUGACUGUCGACAGACCACCUUGCUGCCAUUCGGGGGACUGAGGGGAAGUGUGGUUUCCAAAUACUGGUUUUGUUUUUCGGAUGUGUUAGUUUUAUACAAGAGCAGACAACUUGUUUGUAGCAGUUGACCUCAGUACAACACCUGAUCAUAGUCUAAUUAUAAAUUUUUAUAUAUUUUUUUUAAAUUCACUUUUUUGGAGAAAUGUUUAGCUUCCAUGUGCUAACCCAUGUUUGAGGCAUUGAAAGCUUAGGUUUAUCAGAAACAACUUACAGAUGAUGCUCUGUCAUUCCAUGUAUGUCAUGUUGCUAAUGUGCCUUCAUGUAUGUCCGUCUCAUGCUGUAAAGUUGCUUAAUUCAAAAUGCUCAUGAGCUUUGGAAAUAAACAUAAUCUUGGUGACUACUGUAGCUAGGGAGGCCGACUGAUGUGCAGUGCAAGGUAUGUCUAAUCCUUGAUUUUUGCUUCAGAAUGAUAAGCAGCUUAAUGCAGUUUUGCUUGUAACCUGCAAGCGUUGCAGGAGCUGUGGCCAGUGUGUAUGCAGGUGCUAAUUAAGUUUUAGCUAGCCCACUGAUACGAGGUGGCUUUGUUAAUUUGGAUUUCUCAUACAGUUCCAGAAGUCAUGCAGAAAUUCCUUCUGAUGGUGUUUUCCAAGGUGUUAAGUGCUCUGCCUUGGUUUGAGAUAAAUUCCUUGUUAAGAAUGCAGAUGCACUCUCUCAGGACUCUUUCUAAUUAUUUUCACCAGCUUAAUGUUGUCUCAUUAGACUUCAGCUCUGCUUACAAUGUUUUGAAAUCACAUUUUGUGGAGGAAAAAAAUACAGUUCGUAAAGUAGAGACUAAGAAAGUUAAUUUCUGGCAGACAAAUUGUUUAGAUCAAGAAAAACUGCAGCUACCUUAGAGCCACUGUGUUACAUUUUCUUCAUGCUAUCCAAACGAUGGACGUGUCCUCAGAAUGUAGAAUUCUACCUCUUUUCUCUGGUACUUUUGAAUUUAGGUGAGGUGCUUUGAGGAUCUUUUUAAAAGAAAUCUGUUCUCUUGUGAAGAAGCAAGACUGCCUCCUCCCUGGCCAGCCUGCAUUUCCUCUUUCUUUCAUUUCUGCUAUCUGUGGUAGGAAGGCAGAGUGGCUGAGAUGAUAACUUACAGCUCGAGAUGCCUCAGCUCGUGUUCACCCAAGCCUCGUGUUUCAGUUCUACAACGUGUCUCCCUCAAAUGAAAUCACGUACUAUGGAAAUACAUUUUUAUUGAACACCUUU